AUGCCCCGAACGAAGCGGGUUUUUGAGCUGCUCCUGCCCAGUCCAGGUAAGGCGCAUGUGGAGCCUGUGUAUGCUGGCAGUGGUUCAGUUAAUGGGAGCCCCUUGCUGUCGACAUCUGGUGCUAGUACCCCAUGCCGGGGUCGGAGGCAGCUCCCACAGACUCCACUGACCCCACGCCCCAGCAUCACUUACAAGACCGCUAACUCCUCGCCCGUGCACUUCACCAGUAUCCAACCCGGCCUCCCCACCUUCUCCCCGGGACGCCUGAGCCGCGGUCUGUCGGAGCACAACGCGCUGCUCCGCGGGGAGCACCAGCCGCCCCCGCCGCCCGUGGCCCGCACCGGCUCCGACCCCUACCUGGGGCCCCGCGACGACGCCGACAGCCCCUCGCGCGCCGCGCCCGAGGACACGCUCACCUUCGAGGAGGCCGUGGCCACCAACUCGGGGCGCUCCUCAAGGACUUCCUACGUCUCCUCCCUGACCUCCCAGUCGCACCAAAUCCGCCGCGUGCCCAACGGCUACCACUACACGCUGGGGCUCAACACGGGCCCCGGCGCCGGCACCAGAGGACGUAGCUACUACCACGAAGCCGACGAGGACGACUGGUGCUAGUGGCCUGGCAGAGCCCUCCGCGGCGGGCGGGUUUAAUUAUGAUGAGUUUUAUCAUCUGGAAGGCCGGCGGGGCAGCCCCUGCCACGAGAACUGCUCUGCGCCCCCGGGGCCGGAGACGCUCCUGCAGCCUCUCUCCUCUCUUUGUUCUUUAUUUAUUUUUAUUUUUUUAUUUUAUUUUAUUUAUUUUUUUUUGCACUAGACGAACGGAGGAAGAAGGCUUCCUCCUUUGGGGGAAGGCAGCACAUCUCUCUGUCCCCCCGGCCCGCCUCCCCACUGCCCUGUCUAGUCACAGACACGCACCAGAUGCCAAAUUGGCGACAGAGGCGAGAAGCCGAGAGAAGAGGGAUCCUCACCUUCAGUGGUGGAAGAGCAGACUGUCCGUCCUUCCCGAGAUCGGCGCAGUUUUUGUUGGGCUAUUUCUCAGUUAAUUUAUCAGCAUCAUUCUUUCCCCUCCCCGGUCAGGGUGGGAGUCGGGGGUCGCAAAGGACACACGGGGACAAGGAUCACGCCCGCGCUCGGCCUCGCCGGCCGCUCCGAAGGGAGAGAUGUACCCGAGCAACUGGGAGAGGAGGAACACAGCCCGGAACAAAGGACAGUCCACUGGGACUUGAUGUUCAGCCACAGGAAUUCCUUUUUGGCAGAGCUGGUGCCACCCCCACCCCAGAGGUGACCCCGGCAGCCGGGACCCUGCUGUGACAGCGCUGCCGUGGGGGUCCCUCUUACCCCACCCACCACCUCGGGUCCUUCACGCUGACACACCACGAAGCCACAAGAGAGCUACUUUGUAAGGACUGUUUUCCUUGCUGCUGAGACUUUCCAUUCCGCCCCUCUCUGCAACACGCCCCUCACUGUUUUGUCUUGUUUACAAUAUAAGCUUGAUUUAGCAAAAAAAAAAAACCCCCAAAAAACCCCCCCACUUUAAAAAAAAAAAAAUUAUCCUGAAGGAAAAAAAAGGGAAAAAAAAAAAACAAA